AUGUUCUUCGGCGCGCCGAACUCCGUCCUCAUGACGCUUCCGCGGCUCGUCGAGGACAUGUUCGCGACCCACAAGUCCAUCGAGGCUCGCCAGCUCACAGACUACGACGUCUUCUCGAAGAAGGGUGGCAUCAGCUUGGACCGCAUUGUUCUGUCGAAGUCCUUGACCGACCUUGUUCCCAUCUCUGUGUCGGUUCCUCUCGUGACGGAGCCCCAGGGCCAGGCCGACUUCAUCGCCAUCCUUGACCAGACGCUGCUCAAGGGUCACAAGGUCCUCGCAUAUGCCAAGCCUGGCGCCGCCGUCCUCGUCGUCAGCAGCUGGAACCCCGAGGAGCUCCUCGCCAACCUUCCGCCCGAGUCAGCUGAGGUCGCCGUUGCGCGCCAGCUUCGUGUGUUCACCAUCAAUGCGAAGGACAUCGCCGGCAAGAUCGCCGGUGCUGCGGGUCCUGCUCAUGAUGCCGUUCAGAACGUCGUUGCCCACCUCGCCUUCCUUCGUCUGUACCUCGGUAACAACGCGACCGAGGACCUUGUUGUGAAGGCUGCCCGUGCAGUCUACGACGAGGCCAUCCAAGGCUUCCCUCUCAGCAAGAUUGGUGCUCAUGCGUGGGCUGGUCUGCAGGAGGCGUAUGUCGCCACGCCGGAGGCAACAGAGGCGCAGGCCGCUCCUCUGCGUCCGUUCGAGGUCAACGCAAUCGCUGUCGAGGCCGAGGACGGCGAGACGGUCGUCAACGGCACGCACCUGUCUUCGUGGCAUGACGCCGCUAAGCACCUGCUCUUCCCUUCCGUCUACGCUCCCGAGGCCGAGCCCUCCGAUGAGCUGUACCCCCAGAUCCCCGAGUUGCGCCCCGAGAUCCCCGACCGCACCUUCCUCGUCACCUGCACGGUCAACCGCCGGCUGACGCCGCUCGACUACGACCGCAACGUCUUCCACCUCGAGUUUGACACCAGCGGCACGGGUCUCAAGUACGAGAUUGGCGAGGCGCUCGGCGUGCACGGGUGGAACGACGAGCAGGAGGUCCUCGACUUCUGCAACUGGUACGGUGUGGACCCGAACGCGCUGGUCACCAUCCCCGUCAGCGCGGACGGCGACCAGCUGCACACGCGCACGGUCUUCCAGGCGUUGCAGCAGCAAAUUGAUCUCUUCGGCCGUCCGGGCAAGUCUUUCUACACCGACGUCGCCGACUACGCCACGAGCCCGGUCGAGAAGUACGCGCUCAAGUUCAUCGGCUCGGCGGAGGGUGUGUCGACGUUCAAGAAGCUUAACGAGAAGGACACGGUGACGUUCGCGGAUGUCCUGCGCAUGUACCCGUCGGCGAAGCCGCCCAUCGAGGUGCUCUGCACCCUUGUUGGCGACAUCAAGCCUCGUCACUACUCGAUUGCGAGCGCGCAGGCCGUCGUCGGCGAUAGUGUGCACCUGCUCGUUGUCACUGUUGACUGGGUCACUCCGAGCGGCACUCCUCGUCUUGGCCAGUGCACUCGCUACUUGUCGGGCCUGAAGAUUGGGCAGAAGGUCACCGUGUCCAUCAAGCCCUCCGUUAUGAAGCUCCCUCCCUCCAACAUGCAGCCUCUUAUCAUGGCCGGUCUCGGCACCGGUGCUGCCCCCUUCCGCGCCUUCCUCCAGUACCGCGCGAUGCUUGCCAGCAAGGGCGAGCCCAUCGGCCCCGUCUACUACUACUUCGGCUCGCGCCACCGGCACCAGGAGUACCUCUACGGGGAGGAGAUCGAGGCGUGGAUCAUGGAUGGCAUCGUCUCCCGUGCGGGCCUCGCGUUCUCGCGCGACGGGCCGAAGAAGGUGUAUAUCCAGCACAAGAUGCUCGAGGACGCGGAGGACCUCGCGCGCAUGCUCACCGAGCAGGAGGGUGUGUUCUACCUGUGCGGGCCGACGUGGCCGGUACCCGACGUCUACAACGCGCUCGUUGGCGCGAUGGUCAAGAACGGCGGGCACACGGAGGAGUCCGCGGGUCAGUACCUCGAGGACUUGAAGGAGCUCGAGCGCUACGUGCUCGAGGUGUACUAG